AUGGCGGCCGCCAUGCGCUGUCUGGGUGGGGAAGCUUCGCCAAAAAUUGACAGACUGCGAGAGAGCUAUGAAACUUUCCCCGGUCAGCAGCUAUCUGAAGUUGAUCUGAUUCGUGAAUUUGAUCCGUCGUAUCCGAUCGAUUUGAUCGAUUUUCAGUUUGUGAGUGGAUUAAAGCUGCAAUGUGACGAACGCACAGUCAUACUACAUGACCAUCAUGGGAAGUUGUUUGCGGAUAUGCGCCAAUUCAAAGGUCAACAUAAAUGCAACAAGGUGCUCAAGAAACUAUCCGACAAAGGUCGUCUUGAAAUCGACCACAAGGGUCAGGUAGAGCCAUCACCACAAGAAUCUUCCUUAAUUCAAUUCAACACCCACAUUUCCAGUACUUUCUAA